UUACACUCACCAUCGGCAGUAAACAGCGAGCAGGCUUCUUGGAUGUGGUCAUCAUCCGUUAUUCGGGAUCAAUAGGCCCGAUCCGUGCAGGAGGCUGCGGUGUGUUUUAGGACCAGCGAGCAGCGACAGGGACCAGACCGGGCCGGUACCGUGAUCCAGUCCGGGACGGAGAACACACUGUUCCCCACUGCACCAAUAACUCAACUCAGCUCGGGCGUCGGUGUCACCAUGAACUCCUGGACCACAUCUGCUGCUCUGCUGUGUCUGCUGGCGUGGGCCGCGGCAGCCGUUCAGACCCCCGAGUCAGUGUUCCUGGACAAGCAGCGGGCGAGCUCGGUGAUCGCCCGUCAGAAGAGGAACGUUGGCGGCGGUAACCCUCCCAGCCUGGAGCAGGUUUGCAUGGAGAAAGUGUGCAACUACGAGGAGGCUAGAAAGAUCUUCCAGGACUCGUACCGCACUGAUAUUUUCUGGUCUGUCUACAUUGAUGGAGACCAGUGUGCAGAGAAACCCUGCAAGAAUGGAGCCAUGUGUUCGGACAGCGUGGGAGGCUACGACUGCGUCUGCAAGUCGGGUUUCUCAGGGGUCCACUGUGAAAAAGAUGAGACUCUGUGCACGCUGGAAAAGAACAAAGGCUGCUCCCAGUUCUGUAAACCAGGCUACACGUCCUACGAGUGCUCCUGCGCCCACGGAUGGAAGCUCAGCAACACGGACAGGGAAAAGUGUUUGCCUGCAGUCACGUACCCCUGUGGUAAGGUGCACACUCUGAGUCGGUGGGAUGACAGACUGUCCAGCAAUGUUCGCAGCAACUUUGAAGGACUUACCUGUUCUUCUUUGGAGUGUCCCUGGCAGGCUCUUCUGAAGAGCACAGAGUCCGAAGGUUACUGUAGCGGCGUCAUUCUGAAGGAGAACCUGGUCCUGACUUCAGCUCAGUGUGCCAACAAAUACAACUCCUUCCAGGUGGCUGUCGGCAAGCGCACCAUCAGCCAUGACCCUGGAGAGCAGGUGCUGUACGUGAAACUAGUUCACAUCCACCCGCGCUACGUGUCAGGUAGCCCAGAAAAUGACCUGGCUGUGAUUGAGCUCCGUGAUCGCAUCAGGUUUAUGAAGGAUGUGGUUGCUGCCUGUGUGCCAGAAAGAGACUUUGCGGAGAGCAUCCUGAUGAACGGAGAGUUCCCGGCCAUUGUCACCGGCUGGAAAGAAUCAAAUCCGGCAGCUGCUUUCCAGGGCCAGCUAAAGCUUAACCAACUGGCGUACAACCGCCUGCCACAGUGUCUGGAGACUCACCCCAACCUGAUGACCAAUAAAAUGGGCUGCACUACUCCCCGGACCAACGCUGACUGCACCAUGAGCUCCGGCAGCCCCUUACUCACCCUGUACAGGGAGGUGUUCUUCCUUACUGGGGUGGUCAGCCAGCCUCCAGGGGCUGACUGCAACAAAGGGUACAUCUUCCAGAAAGUGUCUCGCCACCUCGGCUGGCUGCGGUCUCUCAUGGGUUCACGUUAGGCAGGGUAGUCAGGGAGAACAUGGAGGUUAUUAGUAAUGGAAAAUAUAUUAUAAUGCAGGUACUUAAAGCAGGGAAUCAGAUGAACAUUUUCAUCAAGCAUAUCUAGCUCAACCUUUGUUUCAUCCUCUGUCUUUUAACAAUAUCCAUCUCUUAUAGGAACAACUAUACCAACCAUAUAGUCACAGUCAAGGAUUCCUAUCUGUCUCUGUGGACUUCCUUAUUUAUCCACAAGAUGGCGCUCUGUUAACAUAAACAGAGACGCACUUCAUGUACGAGUCUGACAACCAGAGGGUCAGAGGCAGCAAGAAGUACAAUGAAUUAUUCAGCAUGUGUUUUGUGAUGUGGACAUACCUUUUAAUAACCUAUAUGUGAUGAUAUUUUAGGUGACUACUGUACUGAUUGACAUGCACCUUGUAACACUCCAGGUAUUCACUGUUCUAUGAAUGUAAUAAAUCCUAACAACACACCUGA